AUGCAAUUGAACCUUGUCCCUGAGUUGCGGAACGCUUUCUUCAUCUUGUUUGAGACUAUAAAUAGAUAAGAUAACAUUCAUCGACCACAAAACAAACUUAACCAACAAUGAGGUUGGUUAUAGCAGUGGCACUAGUCUGCCUAGUGGCGGCGUAUGCCAGGGAGAUAGACCAGACUCAGGAUCUGGUUCCCGCAGAGAGCAAAGGCCAUCAUCAUGAGUCAGGCGGCGGCAAAGAGCACCACGCCCACCACCAUCACGAACAUGGGGAAAAGGGACACAAAGGCCAUAAAGGGCAUCAUCAUCACCACAAAGGUGACCACGGUGACCACGGAAAACAUCAUCAUGAGCAUCAUCACGAGGAACAUGGCGGCGGACACAAAAAGCAUCACGAUGGACACGACCAUCAUGGUCACCAUCAUGAACACGGACACCACCAUAAAGGUGGCAAGCACGGCCAUAAGAAACAUCAUGAUAAAGGUGAAAAGACUGAUGGUUACCAUAAGAAGUACCAUAAGGAUCACUUCCAUAAGGACCAUCAUUUCUAUGAUGAUCAUCAUCACGAGGGCAAACAUCACAAGCACGGCAAACACCACGGACAUCACGAAAAACACGGCGGCGACCACAAAAAGGGCGGACACCACGAGCACGGUCAUCAUGAACACCAUCAUGGCAAGCACAGUCAUCAUGACAAGCAUCAUCAUGACGAAGAUCACAAAGGACAUAAGGGCCAUCACGGCCACGAAGAGCACCACCACCACCACCAUGACCAUGGUAAGAAAGGUGGUCACCAUGACGGAAAGCAUUGGGGCUUCCAUCACGGAAAGCAUUGAUCUCAUACCAAAUUUGAGGCUGUGAUAUUUUUCCUAGACACCUGCGGGUCUUAUAAAAAGCCCAAUUUUAGUCGUUUUUUAUUGUUAUUUAGUUUUGAUACUUUGUUGAUUUUUAAUUAAGAGCUAAUGUGUCUGUAAUUGGUGUGUUUUGUAUGAUAGUUCAUUAGUUUUGUAAAUAAUAAAGGAAAUUUCAAUUAUA